AUGAGUUUUGCCAAUCCCGACGAUAGAUCUUACGGUGGAGGGUAUUAUCCCCGUGCACCAGGGUCAUCUCAUGGACCUCCUCCUCCUCAACAGCAAGCUCAACAUAGCUCAUCUCCCGAACAAAGACUUCAUUCUUCUGGAGGAUACAAAUCAACUUCUGCUCCUCAUGAAUCACCUUCUCAGUCUGUUUAUCAGAAUGAUAUCGGUCCUCCUCCAGGCUCAUCUCAUGGUUAUCCACCUCAACCAAUCACUCCUCUGAGCGGACAAGCUUAUCCACCUGGUCAACCCCCAUCAGGGGGUUACUACGGUAUCACACAAACCCCUCAAUCAGACCCUUCACAACCUGCUGUCAUUCCUUCUCCUCCACUCAGUAGCAACGGUCGACCGACCAGUGCGAAUUUCACCCCGGAUGGAAUCCCCAUCGUUCCUGUAGGAGUAUCAGGUGGUAAAAUGUUUAGAUGCAGAGGAUAUGGAGAGUGUGAUAAAGUUUUCACAAGGAGUGAGCAUUUGGCUAGGCAUGUUAGAAAACACACCGGUGAACGUCCCUUCCCUUGUCAUUGCGGUAAAGCCUUUUCUCGUUUGGACAAUCUGCGACAACAUGCUGCUACUGUUCAUGCCGAUCAAGCUCCUCUGAAUGACGCGAUGCUUGCUUCCCUCGCCUCCGUACAUGCCACUCUGUCGCAACGAGCUAACAGGGAACAAAGAAAACGCGGCGAAGUAGUGGAAGUACCAAAGAACGCUGUAGAAAGACCUCGGCAUAGCGAAUACAGGGCUCAGAAAGCUUCUCCAGGUGCUACCGGUCAGCCUCCUGAUUCUCCUUAUACUCAAUAUCCCCCUGAACAUCAGUGGAACGUACCACCGCCUCAACAUACCAGACCAAGAACGUCGGGAUAUGACUAUCCACCUUACGGUACAGAAGGUCCGCCUCUACUAGACGAUGCUGGACCAUCCCGUCGGCCAGCCUCUUCAGCGGGCUACGGCUAUCAACAACCAGCAUAUUAUGAACAAAAUGCCAGACCUCCUACAGCACCUGGUACAGCAUCUUCAUCUGAUUCAAUGAGCCAAUUGCCAUACCCAUAUCGACCAAUGUCAUCACAUGGCCGUGAUUUACCUGUUCCAAGUCAUUACGCAGAAUCAGAACCUCCCUCUACCGCUCACGGCCCUCCUCAAUCGCCCAUGUACUCCAAUGUCCCUCAAGCUCAAUGGUCAUCACCUCCUCCACCUCAUUCAGCCUACCCACCCCAAGAUACAAGUGCUUACCCACCUCCAACAGCAGAAGGAUACGCCUAUCCUCCACCUUCUUCCCACGGAUCUUACCCCCCUCGGGAGGAAGUAUACAACUACCCUCCUAAUUGGACUCCUCAACAACAGUACAGUAAUAUCCCACCACCACCUCCAACAGCUGGCGGAUAUCCACCAACUUAUAACCAACAGCCACCUGAAUCACCGUUCCAGUAUAACGCUCCUGCUCCUCAAGAUCCCAAUUAUCCUCCUUCAUCGUACGGAUACGAAACACGAAAAAGACGUGUCGAAGAAGGCGGUGAACCUGAUUCAAGGAAACAUCCUAGACAACAUGAUGAGCCACAAAAUUUGAACGCUGUGUUGGAAGUACCUAGAGAUCCAUCAUGGUUACCACCUACCACCGAGCGUAGAUCGUCACUUGCCAUCUCAGCUUUACUAGGCUCUCCUCAACAACCCUCCAGAUCAAGGCCUGUCACUGCAGGUGGUGACGUGUAUGAUCAUGCUCAAGCAGCUUACCAAGCGAGCCAGAGCUAUAACCAAGGAGGCUCACAGAGUGUGCCUCCGACUCCAGCAAUCAAUGGAUCUGGCUCGAGAAAAGGGAGAGACGAUGCUGCAGUAACGGGGGAUGAUCAAAGUAUGGAAGAAAAAGCUAAAGCUCUGUUAGGUCAAGGUAGAUAA